AUGCCCACCUUCUCACCCAACUGUGGCUUCACCAGGCACAAGGAGCAUGGGAUAGUGGCCACUCAGUUGCAGGUGAACGAGGUGCAGCUGGUGCUUCAGCAGCGUGACUACUGUGCUCACUACCUCAUCGGGCUUCUCAGGUGUCAUAUUCCCCAACUUCCUGGGCUGCAAGCACAAGAGCAUGACUGGGACUACUGCGAGCACCUGGACUAUGGGAAGUGCAGAGAGGAGUUUGAGUCGAAGCCCUGGCUGCUCCAAUGGCAGCAGGAGCAGGGGGAGGCAGGCAUGGCCAGAGCCAGGGGCCUGGACGACGACGACGACGACGACGACGACGACGACGACGACGACGACGUGGGCAGGUAG